AGCAAAAAUAAGGUGAACUAAAAGACUAAUAGAAAAUUAGAAACCGACGAACGUAGCUCUUUCCCGCGCGCUCUCUCUCUCUCUCUCUCUCUCAGUUUCCUGUAGAAGCGCACUCCACGUUCUCCAUUGAAGCAACUUCUGAUAUUUCUUUCCUCCAUUGAAGGCUUGAACUAGCUUCUCAGUUUGGGCAGGCAAACAGAUUGGUUUGUUGUGGCAUAGUUUGAUGGAAACCAUCAAGCCUUUGCCAGAGUCUGUUCAAAGUAUAGUGCGUUCUGGGUUCAUCAUCAGCUGCUUUUCAACCGUUGUUGAAGAGCUCAUAUAUAACAGCUUAGAUGCUGGUGCAACAAAGGUAUCUGUAUCUGUAGCUGUUAACAAUGGCUACGUUAAAGUAGAAGAUGAUGGAUCUGGCAUUAGCCGGGAUGGACUUGUGCUGCUGGGAGAACGCUAUGUGACAUCAAAACUUCGGCAUAUUCAUGAAAAAGAUAAUUUAGAAGAAAGCUUUGGGUUUCGUGGAGAGGUUCUGUGCUCAAUUGCUGACAUUUCUUUAGUAGAAGUUGUAACAAGAGUACAAGGGAGGCCCAAUGGCUAUCGUAAAGUCAUGAAGGGUCGCAAAUGCCUUUGUCUCAGUAUUGAUAAUGAUAGACAAGAUGCUGGAACAACUGUCAUUGUUCGUGAUUUAUUUUACAAUCAACCUGUUCGGAGAAGACAAAUGCAGUGCAGUGUCAAGAAAGUUUUGCAUUCAGUUAAAAAAUGUGCAGUACAGAUUGCUCUUGUGCAGCCUAAUAUUUCUUUCAAAGUCAUUGACAUGGAGAGUGAAGAUGAAUUGCUUCGCACACGCAGUUGCCCUUCUCCUUUGACACUUUUGUGCAGCAAUUUUGGUAUUGAAUCUUCUAGCUUACAUGAGCUGAGUUUUUCUGAAGGCCCAUUGAAAAUCACGGGAUAUGUGUCUUCUCUGUCUAGUUCAUUCUUGUCAAAGGAUGUUCAAUAUAUAUAUGUCAACUCUAGGUUUGUGGAUAAAGGCCCAAUGCAUAAACUCCUGAAUCAUCUGGCGUUUAUGUGCCAUGACCAGUUGGGAAGUGACAGUUGUGGAAAGAGAAGUCAGCCUCAAGGUCCAGCGUACUGUUUAAACCUAAGCUGCCCACGCUAUUCCUAUGAUCUGAAUCUUGAAUUUUCAAGAGCUUCUGUAGAAUUCAAGGAUUGGGCUCCUGUACUUGCAUUCAUUGAAAAAUCAGUUAUGUCUACGUGGAGUGAGGAAAUAAAGAGGGGGAUUUCUCAUAAACAUGAAGCUGACCUGAUCAGGAAAGAUGAUAGAAAGAAAGUAGUUGAAACGAUUUCUUCUGAAGAAAAAGAUUGGUGGUUGAAGACCUGUGAAAUGUCUACAAAGAGACGUAGGAUCCAGAACAGUGAGAAUCAGCUUGCAUGCCCUGAAGAUUCAUUGGGAAUGCAAAUAGAAGACUGCGACAACUCGUCUGUUUGGAAGAACAGCUGUAGACAGCACUUGAAUCCGGAGAAAAUCAAUGUGAAAUUUAGGGAAUCAGACAGAAAGAGAGAGUCUCCUCGUCAAAUGAAUUUUACUGGAGUAAGUGAAUUUGCUCACUCUGACCAUAUAUGUGAUGUAACAGACAGUAUCGGCAGUGAUCUUUUGGGGCCUGAUAAGGAACUGGUGGAUAGAGAUUUUUUGAGGAAUGAUGUUACUUCUAUGGAAAAAGAAGCCAGUUAUGCAAACAUUAAUCUCUUUAAUUCAAGAUGGAAGGAUGAAGUCAGUGUAGAUAGUUCAGUUGCUUGGAACCUUGAAAAAGGAAGCGCUUGGAGUUUUGAGUUCAUGCCGGAGCAUGACGAGAAUAGAGCUAAUGAUGAUCAGAGGGAGUUGCUUUUGCAAAGUUACCCAUGGGAAAAUCCAACUCAAGCCCCUCUGAACUGUGAUAAGGAGUCCCAGUUUCAGACUGAUAAUUUCAAGGCUAGCAGAAGCUGUAACAAUUCUCAUGGCAAUGAAGAUGCUGAUAGUCUUAGUCAUAACUUCGAUAUUCAUCAAAGAGCUCAGUGUCAUAUUGGGGUAGCAAAUACUCGGCCACUCCCUAAAUCCGAUAUAGGAAGUCUUACAAGGAAGGAUCUUGACCUUGAUCAUAUGGAAUAUGACAAUUUAUUAUCAUCUUGUGGAGGAUCUUUUAUCAGAGAAUACCCUUUAGAGUCUCCAAGUAAACCAGGCGCAGUGCUCUUCCCCUGCUCGUCAAAAAACUUGGGUCUGCAAUCUGCAAGUACACAUCCUUUCAUUAAAGUAAAAGAUUGGGAUUUUGACAAUAUUACUCAGUAUGAAGAUUUUGAGAGGAAACCUGGAGUAACAAAAAGUGUUGAUUUUGAGCAGUCAAAUUAUGAAAAAGAGGAAUUUUGUGAAUCUGGCCUUGGUGAUAGGUUUUGCAACACGAAUUUCACUUCUAUGCAUCAUUUGACUUCAACAUCUCUGUUUACAAAUGAAUAUGCAGGAGUUGAAAAUGGCAUGUGUGAAUAUUUUUCACUUGGGCAUAGUGUUGAUGAUUCCUUGUUUAAAUACAUGUAUUCACCAUCUCCGGACAGAAAGUAUAGAGACUCGUCAAUCUGCUGGAGUCCAUUUAUAUCCUCCAUCAAAGGAAACCAAAUGGACCUGCAAAAAUGUCAAGAGUUUGGGCAGGACUAUCCUAGAGAAAGAUCAGGGAGGGGCUAUGACAGUUCUGAUGGCCUUAAAUGUAACUCUAUGGUAACAGAUGAGACAUUUUCUCCAUGUCUGGAUUUUCAAAACAAAUUAAGUUCAUAUAAACCAUCAGUGUGUUUUUCAUCCUUAUCUGAUGGUAAAGGUCACAAAAGUUAUCAUCCAAGACGUGAAAAUUUAGAACAAAAUCAUAGCUCAUUGGCAUCAGGAAGCUCUGUGAGAUUUAGAAGAAGCAGAUUUAGAAGAAGCCAUUCCGCUCCUCCAUUUUUUAGGGGCAAGAAGAGAUUUCUCUCAGUAAAGAAUUCUAUGAUUUCUACAACUAAAAAUUCUGGUUCGCAGAGAGCUCCUGAAGUUUGCACUGUCCCAGAAAAAGCCAAGUUGAAGCACCCUCUUCUACCAGCACCAUCUUCUAGGUUAAAUUUCCAGUAUGAUGGGAUGAAAUUUAGGGAAGAUUCCCAGUCCUUUGUCGAGUAUGUACAAGAGGUGAAGGAAACCUCAAAUAUCACACAAGCCAGUGCUUGGUCACUAGAUGGAAACACAGAGGAUGCCUGUUUCAGCAGUGGCUGCUUUAAGGACUUUCGGGAUUCUGAAACGUCAAAUUUCAAGUGGCGAGAAGGCUGUCCAGAUCCUAGAUUAAAGGAGGUUGCUAAUAAUCUAAGAGCUGGAAAUAGGUUAAUUGACCUUAAAGCUGAAAGUGAUAUACUGGAUGUUCAGUCUUGUAUGCUUGAUCUUGCUGGUGAUUUAUUAGUUCCAAAAUCUAUCAAUAGAAUUGGCUUGCAGAAUGCCAAGGUGCUUGUGCAGAUUGAUAGUAAAUUCAUUCCAGUUGUGGCAAAUGGAACUUUAGCAGUAAUUGACCAGCAUGCUGCAGAUGAAAGAAUUCGACUUGAAGAAAUGCGUCGCAAGGUGCUUUCCGGUGAAUUGAAGUCAAUAAACUAUCUGGAAAAAGAGAAAGACUUGGUUUUGCCUGAAAUGGCCUACCAGUUACUGUGCAAUUACGCGGAGCACAUAAAGCAUUGGGGAUGGAUAUGUAACAUUUUCUCUCAGGAUUCUGGAUCAUUCACUAAGAAUCUGAGCCUUCUAAAUGAGCGGGCAUCUAAUCUCACACUUAUUGCGGUACCAUGUAUUUUGGGUGUAAACUUGUCUGAUAAAGAUUUAGUGGAAUUUCUUGAACAACUUGCUGAUACUGAUGGAUCAUCAAUCAUUCCACCAUCUGUAGUUCGAAUCUUAAACUACAAAGCAUGCAGGGGUGCUAUUAUGUUUGGGGACAAACUCAUGCCAUCCGAAUGUUCCCUCAUCGUUGAAGAGCUUAAGCAAAAAUCAUUAUGUUUUCAAUUUUAUUUUGUAGUGUGCUCAUGGAAGGCCAACAACAGUGCCUCUGGUGAAUCUGAAGGCAUUACACAAGGGGAUUCUACAGCUUGGAUCCUGGCAUGACCAUUCUAAGAAUACAUGGCAUGGACUCUGCAGGGAAGCGAUUAAUCUUGAUCGUGCCAAACGUAGACUUGAUAUGGUAAGAGGCUGUGACUGAAAAAUUGAGCUUGCUGAUGUACAAAUUGUACAAUGGUGGUGGUAUAAGGGUUUUCUUUAUCGUCUUCACACAUUUUUGUUCUCUAAUAGUUUUUUUUGCAUUUUCUUUUGUAAUUUUUUUUUAAAAAAAAAUGUUCUUUGGCGAGUAGAGCAAUAAUAGCUGAGUACUUCCUUUGUAUAUAUGGAGAGAGUAUAUCGUUCAUUCGUUAUUUCAAACCUGUAUAUGAUGUAAUAAUGUGGCCAUUCAUUGAUGGUACAACAAUUAAAGAAUAAAGGAUGAGGAUAGAAUACAUCAAA